AUGAAGUUAGUUGAGACUCUCAGGGGAAAUCCGCCGACUAAUAAUUCAUCUUUCCUCAAGGAGUACGUAGAUGCGCAUAACAACAUCGGAGCGCUUGAAAUUGAUCUCGAGAACUUGGAAGUGGCUAAAGAUAUCCUUGCCAAAGGACUAAAGAUCUGCGAUGAGGAAGAGGUGAAUGAAAAUGAUGAUACUAGGACUAGGCUCCAUCACAAUCUUGGAAAGAAGGCUCUUGAACUAGCAAAUUCCAUGGAAGACGAAGAUGCUUUGGUGAAACAAAUUGAACAGAACAUCACAACUGUGAGAGAAGCAGUGAAGGUAAUGGAUGAGCUGAAGACAGAAGAGCAGACUCUUAAGAAGUUAACCAGGGAUAUGAAUUCUGUAAGAGGUACAGCACAUGAGAGGAAGUCUUUGCUGAAGCUUCAUUCGUUACUGCAGCAUCUUAUUGAGAAGUCCAGCAUGAUCUUUGCAUGGCCGAAGCAUCGUGAAUUUGCAAAACAGAAGAAGCAAGUGGCCACUCAACUCUGUGACAAAGAAAUGUUGGGUCAGUCUUUUCUGGAUUUAGGAGAGUCAUACCAGAAGAUUAGAGACUUUAGCAAGGCAAAUAAAUGGUUCUCAAAGAGUUGGGAGGUGUCUAAAUUGAUUGGCAAUUUGGAGGGUCAAGCUUCAGCUAAAAUAAAUAUUGGUGGUGUUCAGGACAGUUGUGGUGAUUGGUCAGGUGGACUGGCUGCAUUUGAAGAAGGCUACAGGUUAGCAGUGGAAGCUAAUAGCCCUUCUGUUCAGCUUUCAGCCCUUGAGAAUAUGCACUAUAGCCAAAUGAUAAGAUUCCAGAAUGCUGAAGAAGCAAGGAGGUUGCAACUUGAAAUUGACAACCUGAAGCAGUUGAAAGAUAGGGAGGCUCAGAAGAAACAUAGCGAUUGCUGCUCUGAGACUGACACAGAAGAAUGCGAUUGUUCAUCAGACAGUUUAUCUUCUAAGCCAUGCUCUUCAAAUGGUGGUGAAUCCUUUCCUGGAAGAUCAACAUCUUCAGUCUCUGUGGAAGAGCUGAAGGAGGACGUACUUCUGAUUUCACUAGCUAAGUCCACUAAACAGCUGCCUGGGAAAAAGGAAACGAAUGCUAAAAAGCUUCAUGAUUCUAACAAUCGUACUGAAGCUUCUCCAAAAUUGUUUGCUAAAACAGCAAGCAGUCAACAGACAGUUGGUCGCAAGCGCGUUAGGGUGGUCCUUUCUGAUGAUGAAGAUCCAACAAAUGAGAAGGGGGUUUGCUUGGAGAGAAAGUUUCACUCGACUCCAGUUGAAGUUGUUGCUACAUCUGAUGAAACCGAUAGAAAAGACUUUGCAGCUUGUUCUUCUUUUGAAACUCGAGAUUUGUCAAUGGAUGCUUCCAAAUAUGCCAUCGAUUCAUCCGACCAAUUUAAAGUUGAAGACAUUGAUUUUCCUUACAGAUCUCCGAAUCAUGAAGGGACUAAUCAUGUCAAUCAAGUUUUGAGAUCUGUAAGCGGGGGUGAAACAAAUAUUGGAUCUGAUUCGGCAACUAGUGGUUCUAUAUGUGGGCUUGGUGCUUCUGACAAGCUCCCGUGUGAACAAAAUACUGCCUAUUUCAACAUGCACGAUUUAGACGGUAACAAGAAACGAACCAUAACAUUUAACAUUGCCAAUGACAUGAUAAAUUUCAAGGCUGGCUCAAGCUUAGCUCUUAGUGAAUUCAGCAUUGAAUCUUUGAGCAUCGAAGUGGCAUGCUUAUACUAUUUACAACUUCCUUCAGAGAAGCGAUGCAAAGGCUUGUUGCCCAUCAUUCAACACUUCAACUAUAAGGGACACAUUCUGGAAUCAUUGGAUGAACUUGAAGCUCUAAACAAAGAUGCAAGAAACAUCUUCAUUGAAGUUUCCAUUGACGGAUGGGUCCAGAAGCGGCUGAUGAAACUGUACAUUGAUUGCUGUAACGAGUUAUCCGAGUCACCCAAUAUAAAUUUGCUUAAGAAGCUGUACAUAUUAGAGGUGGAGGAUGAAGUUACUGCUUCAGAGUGUGGGUUGCAAGAUAUAUCUAUAGCUCCGUUAUUAAAAGCCCUGCACACGCACAAGACAGUAGUCAUGCUGGAUCUCUCUCAUAAUUUACUAGGAAAUGGAACGAUGGAGAAACUUCAACAAUUUUUCACAUCAGGCCAAAAGUAUGGUGAUCUAACUUUAGACCUGCACUGCAACCGCUUUGGACCUACUGCAUUGUUUCAGAUCUGUGAGUGUCCCGUCUUCUUUUCUCGGCUCGAGGUGCUUAAUAUCUCUGGCAAUCGACUCACUGAUGCAUGUGGAUCAUACCUGUCAACUAUAUUGGGGAAAUGCAAAGCUCUUUACAGUUUGAAUAUAGAACGCUGCUCCAUCACAUCUAGAACGAUUCAGAAAGUUGUCGACGCAAUACAUUCUGAUUCAGUCUUGGCACAACUUUCCAUAGGACAUAAUCCCUUAACAAGAGCUUCCAUCACCAAUCUAUUGAAAAGACUUUCCACCCUAAAUAGCUUCGCAGAGCUGGAUCGGAGUGGUCUGAAGCUAAACAAGCCAGCCAUUGACAGCCUAUGCGAACUAGCAAAAACUUCUUGUUUGACAAGUUUAAGUGUUGGGAGCACCGGCAUAGGAAAUGAAUGGGCUCUGCAGUUGACCGAUUCAUUCCCCACGGGAUCUCAAGAAUCUCUGAAACUUGACCUGUCUUACUGCACCCUGACAUCUGCAUGCAUUCACAAACUUGCCUCGAAUUUCAACCUUGCUUGCUGCAUUAUGGAGCUAAAUCUCCAAGGAAAUCCUAUCCUGCCACUGGGAGGGAAUGCAUUAGUGUCGCUCCUGAAACAGCCAGGAUGUUGCCUUCGGCUUCUGGUCCUAAACAAAUGUCAGCUGGGACUUCUCCUCGUUCUUCAAUUGAUCCAAGCACUUGCAGAGAACGAUCAACUGAAGGAGCUCCAUGUUGCUGACAACAAUGACCUGCAGAAGAACGAAAACCCAACCUCAAAGAAAUCACCGACUGAUGAAAGGUUACUUGAUUGCCAGGUAAACACGCAACGUGAUGAAGACCUUGUAGUCGCUGACAGUGAGGAUUCAACCAGAGCAGAAGCUGAUGCAUCUCGGUUCGAGCUCAACGACACCUGCACAAGCUCCUGCAGGAAGACAAAGAACGAGAACGACAUCAACAACAACAACGACCUGUCGUCAAAUGAACAUGGCAGCAUGGUGAAGGAGCUCUCGAACGCCAUUGUUGCGGCCAAUGCACUGCAGCUCUUGGAUUUGAGCAGGAACGGGCUGUCGGUUCGAGAUGUGGAAGCACUGUAUGUUUCAUGGUCGGCGAAGGGGUGUUCGACUGGGAAGCACGUUGAGGACGAGAUAGUCCAUUUCUCGGCUGGUACAAACAAGUGUUGCAGGAAGCCUUGCUGCAGAAGGGAGUGA